AUGUCUUUGGUAACUAUCCGUUCUGUUGUCUACACUGGCGAGGCCUCUCCUCUGGUCAAGGUGGUUGAAACAACCACUGAACUACCAACCCCUGGACCAGGGGAACUCUUGGUUAAAGUCCAAGCUGCAGCAUUCAAUCCAACUGAUUACAAGCAUUUCUAUGCUAAAUGGGGUUCGGCCGGCACCACCGUUGGUUCUGAUUUGGCCGGCACGGUUGUCUCGGUUGGUUCUGAAACCAGUGGGUUUAAGGAGGGAGAUACGGUCGCCUCUUUCCUCCAUGGCGGCUAUGACCCUCUAAAGAACUCUGGUGCUUUCCAAGAUUACGUUGUUGUUCCUGCAAUUACUACCCUUAACUUACCUGGAUUGACCCAACAAACCAAUGUCGACAACAUCGACCCUUCCUUUAACAUUGACACCUUUGAAAAGGCAGCGUCCCUCCCAUUGGGUCUAUACACUGUCGGUAUGUCCCUUGAAAACAACUUUGGUAAGCCAAAGAAGGACUCAUGGAUUCUCGUUUGGGGGGGUACCACCGCAACAGGUUACUUGGCCAUUCAAAUUGCUAAGAAAAUCUACGGCGCUAAAGUUAUCACCACUGCAAACAAGGCUAAAUAUGAAUCUUAUUUAAAGGCUGUUGGCGCCGACGUUGUCAUAGAUUAUCAUGAUGACAAGGUUAUUGAUCAACUAAAGGCAGCAACCGCUGAUAAUAUCGAAUAUGCCCUCGACACCGUCUCCAACAAGGAUACUUUUAACAAGACAUACGCCGCUCUAAGACCUACUGGUAAAUCCUAUAUCGAUAACCUAUUGUCCCUUGGUGAAGAAACUUUGGAAGGGCAAACUACAAAGAAGGAUACCGAGUUUUCCAAGACUUUUGUCUAUCUUGUCACUGGAGAAUCUUUAGACUUGAAUGGCUUUAAACUUGAAUCAUCCCCAGAGAUUGUUGCUAACCAUAAGAACUUCCAUGAAAAAAUACUCAAGGCAGUUAAAGAUGGUGAAAUUAAAACCAUGCCAAUCAAGAUUUAUCCAAAUGGUUUCAAUUCAGCAGAUGCUGCUUUGAAGGAACUCUUGGAUGGUGUUUCUUUCAAAAAACUGGUCAUCCGCUCCAUUGACAAUUGA